AUGAACCGGCCAGAUUACGAUUCCUCCUUUGAAGAGCUGGAGACAUCGUAUACAAAGGAAAUCGGACAACGAAGACCUACCGGUUCGAUAAUGAAGGAGAGAAUACGCCAGCCGCAAAUGGAACCUACGGCGUCAUCUACAACUAGCUCGGAUGCCACUAUCUUUUCCGAUGGUGUUCAUACCCAAGGUUAUACCAACGAGGAUCCAACAAGACCGGAUGACUCCGGUGAUCAGUAUCUGACGAAAUUCAAGGAUUUCCGGUUUAAAACAGAUAAUUUUGACGAGGCGAUUAAAAACCAGUUUAGUAAGGUGGCACAUCCCAAAUCGUCACCAACACGGAGAAGUAAUGAAUUUGCUCAACAGUUCCAUCGGAUGUCAAGUUUACAGAACAAUAAGAAAGUGGGGACCUACUCGACUGGCCGUUCUAAUGCCGAGCUACGGCAUCCGCGUUCGAUGUCAGAAUUGAAAAUCAAUGAGAGACACAAAACUCCAGAGUUUACAAAGUCGAGUAUUCGAAUUCGGUCACAGCCCAGUUUGAAGGGAAGUAAGUCAUAUGGGAAUUUGAAGAGUACCUCUAAUGGUAAUUUUGUGCGAUUUAAAAAAUCCAUGCCUAAUUUGAAUCCUAUUGGAUCACCGAUUGUAGAAGUUAAUGACGAGUACGCAGAUGAGAAUAUUGAAAACCUGGACGACACCGUGAUCAUAGAACCUUUGAACUCUUACGACUACAUGAAACAAUUUAAGGAAUCCCCAAUGAAGGACGAGAAUUUUGAUUUUGCAGAUGAUCAAGAUUUCAAUUUCAACUUCGAUGACGACGCACUUCAACCUCAAUUUCUAGCUAAUUCCGUAAAACGGAGACAAUCACCAAAAGAAUACAACAAACAUGAAUACCUUGACACAAAUGAGGUGGGGUCAUUACCAUAUAGAGGUAACAGGAAUAGCAGCGGACCCUUCCGUACAGGAGGGGACAGUAAUAGCCCGACCUCUCGCAUUAGAACAAUCAAACAAAGCAUAGAUGAUCAUAUACCAACAGAUAAUCUCGAAAGUAAAAGUGUGCCUCAAAAAAGAUGGGUCGAGGACCCGCACAUUUUGAAUGAAUUCCCAGAUAGAGACACAAUCGAUGCUAACUUGCCCGGUAACCCGUUCCUGAUAAAGAACAAUCAGCACAGGUCAAUCUCUGACAGCAUUGAUGAGGGGAUGCUACAAUAUAUGAAGACGCGAUCCAAUUCCAAUAACCCCAAAGUGGUUGGGUCCAUGGUCUUUGAUGAAAAAAACCAAAGGUGGGUCAGUGUGAGCGGCGCAGACUCUGACCCGUUUUCUGUUAUCAAUGAUCAGUUUGACGUUCCCCAAAUUUCAAAAGGUAACAGAAUGUUGAAGAAAAGUAGCACAGCAACGUUAAGGGGUCAACCGAGUAGACGUUCUCUAAGAGAUGGUUUAGGGAUACCGAUUGCUGGACAUCGAAUAUCUGUGGGGAAGCAGUUUGGAGACAGUGAUCUGGAGGUUGACCCGAACGUGAACUAUACGAUCAAUUCGAAGACACUAGAGAAAUUUUACCACGAGGAAAAUAGAUGGAAUAAAAAGGUAGGAGCAUGGUUCAUCUUACGCACAGGUCAGUUGGAUCAUCCGGACGAAAGCUUCUGCAGUGCCGGUGAAAUAAGCGAUGACUCUUUGGAUCCAGCGCGCAGGGACGUAUCAUCUACUAGCAAGGACAGCAAGGAUUUCAUGUACGAGAUAAGGAAGAUGGUUCUGAACUCAACGCGCAGCUAG